GCGCACUGCGACAUCAUAGCCCCCCUUCACGCGCCGUGGCUCCUUCAUUCUGCUCUUCUCUUGCUGUCUGUCCCCGUCGUAGGCGAUACCUGCACCAUGCUCUCAAGACAAGUCUUAGCCCUCGCCCGCGGGCGGGCUCUCCGUGCCGACGCUGUCGCGGUAUCGAAAGGAUGGAAACUCGCGAGCUCGUAUUCAAAACGGGCGCAAUUCCACUCGACGAGACUACUGCUUGCCGAAACCGUCAAAGUCCCUCAGAUGGCUGAGUCCAUCUCUGAAGGCACGUUGAAAACAUGGCUGAAACAAGUGGGCGACACCGUGCAGCAGGACGAAGAGAUUGCUACUAUCGAGACUGACAAGAUUGACGUGUCUGUGAACGCGCCAUCCGCUGGCACCAUCACGGAGCUCCUUGCUAGCGAGGAGGACACCGUGUCUGUGGGACAAGAUCUCUUCCGAUUCGAGCCUGGCGAGGUCAGUGAAUCAAAAGAGAAGCCUGCGCCCGAAACGCAGGACAAGGAGGAGCCCAAAGACCAACAGGUCGUGAAGGGCACGCCGCCGCCGCCAUCACCGAAGCCCCAGGACGUGCGCGCCGAGGAUAAGGCUGGCGUGCAGGGCGGCGAGGCGAAGAAGGAGUUGAAGGAGACUUCCAAGGCCGCCCCGCCGGCGAAGGGCAAGGAGACGAAGGCGACGGAGGCAGCGCCGCGCGUGGCGGGUGCGCGUACGGAGACGCGCGUGAAGAUGAACCGGAUGCGCCUGCGGAUCGCGGAGCGGCUGAAGGAGUCGCAGAAUGCGGCGGCGUCGCUGACAACGUUCAACGAGAUCGACAUGUCGAGUCUGAUGGAGAUGCGCAAGAAGUACAAGGACGAGGUGUUGAAGGAGCACGACGUCAAGCUGGGCUACAUGAGCGCGUUCGCGAAGGCGUGCUGUCUCGCGCUGAAGGAGAUCCCUGCCGCCAAUGGGUCAAUCGAGGGCGACGAGAUCGUGUACCGCGACUACGUCGACCUGAGCGUCGCCGUUGCAACUCCGAAGGGCCUCGUCACUCCCGUCGUGCGGAACGCGGAGAGCAUGAACUUUGUGGACAUCGAGCGAGAGAUUGCUGCCCUUGGCAAAAAGGCACGGGACGGUAAGCUGACGCUCGAAGAUAUGGCGGGCGGCACCUUCACCAUUUCGAAUGGCGGCGUCUUCGGCUCCUUGUACGGCACGCCAAUCAUCAACUUGCCGCAAUCUGCAGUGCUCGGUAUGCACACAAUCAAGGAGCGCCCGGUCGUCGUGAAUGGCCAGAUCGUCAUCCGUCCUAUUAUGGUCGUCGCGCUGACGUACGACCACCGGUUGCUCGACGGGCGGGAAGCGGUCACCUUCCUCGUGAAAGUACGGGACUACCUGGAGGACCCAAGGAAGAUGCUCCUGGCCUAAGACGGUCUGGUUCUUCAUAUCUCGUCCUCAUGGCUGUCGUAAGAUAUCCGUGCGCUCGCGUAUACAGUAGUCUAGAUAUCGGGAUGCGCAUCAUACAGCCUCCGGAGUCUCGACGCAAUCCGUUCUAUGUCUAUAGUCUCCCGUCUGUAAUGUCAUCCCCGGACUUUGCCUCUUC